AUGUGUUCAAUACAUUCAUUCACGUCUAGUGAAAUUAAGGCAGCGCGAGAAGCUUUACUCUUAUGGUAUUAUAAAUGUAAACGUGAUCUACCAUGGCGUCAAAUGGCAUUAGAUCCGGAUCCAAAUAUUCGUGGUUAUGCAGUUUGGGUAUCUGAAGUUAUGCUCCAGCAGACACAAGUUAAAACUGUUAUCGACUAUUAUAACCGAUGGAUGAAGAAAUGGCCUAAUGUUCAAGAAUUGGCAUCCGCCUCCUUAGAUGACGUUAAUUCUGUUUGGUCUGGUCUGGGUUACUAUUCCAGAGCUCGUCUAUUACAUGAAGGUGCAAAAAAGAUUGUCAAUGAAUGUAAUGGGAAUCUACCGCAUACAGCAGAGGCAUUGAAGUCUACACUACCGGGUGUUGGAAGGUAUACAGCUGGAGCUAUAUCAAGCAUCGCAUUCAAUCAGUGUACUGCUGCUUUAGAUGGCAACGUAAUUCGUGUGUUAACUCGUCUACGUGAAAUCGGUUCACCUGUCCAAUUGCCUACAACAAUAGAAUAUCUAUGGAAUUUAGCUAACCAGUUAGUUGAUCCUAACAGACCAGGAGAUUUUAAUCAAGCUCUAAUGGAAUUAGGCGCCGUGUGUUGUACACCAAAACAACCAAAUUGUUCUAAAUGUCCAAUUAAUGAAGUUGGCUUAUGCGGUUCAUUUAAACGAACAACAGGAACUUUGAGAAAUAAAAAGUUAUCAAAAGAAAUUGAUGUGGAAAAUUGUCAUCUUUGUAUUGAUCCGGGCCUAUUAGCUGGUUUAUGGGAAUUUCCAAGUUAUACCAUUGAAACAUUGAAAAGUGAGAAUAAUGACGCUGUAAAAGCGAGAGAUCAAUGUUCAAUGGAUGACAUUCAAUCAUUUAUACCAUUAGCUGUUGAACAAAUUAAAAAGGCAUUGGAAUCUGAUUCAUCUAAUAGGCUGCCAUACAAUGAUUUAAAUGUAAAAUCGAUUGGAGAGGUCGUACAUAUUUUCUCUCAUAUACACAUGAAAUACAUUGUAUUCACUUUAAAACUUGACGAAAAGCCUCUAUCUGAUAUCAUGGAGGAGGAUAUUUGGCCGCCUCUGCUGAAUUUUGGACGAUGGGUUAGCCUAGAAGAUUUACAGACUUCAGCUAUUUCUACUGCGACUAAAAAGAUAUUCGCUCAUUUUGAAAAUUAUUCAAAGACAUCCAAUGGAGAGUCUGUUGAAAAACGACGUAAAGUUGGCAAAAGGCAUUCAACAAAGACGUCAUUAACAGAUUCGAAACAAUCGAAACUGGACAAUUUCUUUCGAUAACUUGAACUUUUAUCGCUUUAUUUAUGUCAACAAAGUGGAAAAAAAUGAUGAUGUAAUUAUUAUCGAUUUUUGUAGGUAACUCUUAGUCAUCUGUCGAAUUUUGCGCCGAGAUUUUUUACCCUGCUUACCAGAGAUUAUUAUUAUUACUAUUUUUAUAUAUAUUCUCUAUUUCUAUGC